AUGAGCUAUUGCAGGGAUGAUCGCCGUGGAGGCGGCGAUAACCGCUACGAAAUUUCGUCUUCUGGAAGAUACAAUGGGAAUCAAAACAGAGAUCGCUCACGUGAACAACCGCGUGAAAGAGACUCCUAUCGUCGCGAUGGAGGCCGUGGUCGGGAUUGUUCGGAUAGGAACACAGCUCGUCGCUCCGAGUCUAGCUACAAUCAAGGGCGUGAUGGUGACUCAAGUACAUCAUUGGAACAUUUGGAAGAGAGUCAACCAAAGGCAUCAGGAGCAUGGGAUCCUGCUAAGGAGGCGCUUGCGGAUCCCACAUGGGCACGCAUUUACAUUUCGAAUUUACCAUCGGAUGCCACGAUUGAUGAGUUACAGGAAAUGUUUGGUGCUAUUGGUAUUGUUGCACGUGAGAAACAGAAACGUGGAUACAAGGACCAGUGGCCUUUCAAGAUUAAGAUUUAUACUGAUACAGAUGGUCAGCCAAAGGGUGAUGCCGUGCUUACGUUCGAAGACGCAAAUGCGGCGCGGACGGCACCAGAGUUUUUUAAUGGCACAGAGAUUCGUGGCAAGACUAUCAAGGUGGAGCUUGCCGGGAAGCCUGAACCUCCUGUAGGCGUGGAUGAGAAACAAUUACUACGUGAUGUUAUUGUUGUUAAUGGUGGAGAAACACCACGUGCUAAAUGGAGAUCCAAGUGGACAAUAUUAGGUAAACAAUUGGCUGGACGACGUAAACAAAAAGAUUCAACAUUUCAAGCAAUCGUGAGACUUUAUGCCCAUCAAGAAGGAGCUGUGGAUCGACUUGCAACUGCGUCAGAGCGUGAUGAACAGGAGUUUGAGUUUUAUUUGCCACAAUUAUGCAGUUUUCUUCUACUGGGGGCAUUUGCAAGAUCACCACAGCUCUAUGCUAUGCUAUUGCGGAAAUGCAGUGUAUCGCAUGUGUUUGCACACAAAAUGUUGUGGUACUUGCAGUCAUAUUGCCUUCACAAUCCAGCUUUUGCCACGGAGGACGAUGUACAGCGUGUGCAGAUGUUGAUUGAAGACGUGUCAGAGCGUGGCGCAGCGUCAGCGAUAGCUGUUGCUUGUCCGCCGAGCCCAGCUAACUUGGAGUAUCGGCAGUUCCGUGCGGAUCUCGGGCCAGAAGGGUCUGCAAGCGCGCAAGAAGUCGAGGCGUUGCUGCCGGGAUCCCAGGAUGACCACUACGCUACUUUUCAGGAGAAGAACGAUCUAGAGCGAGGGCUGGUAAGCACUGCAGUAUCCAACGUGCCGGUUGCAUCUGGUAUUGACCCUUUUGAGCUUGAGACCACGUUUUUGGGGUCCUUGGUGAAUUUGUCAUCAAAUUUGCGCGCUGUAGCGUACGACCGUCGCAACGAUAUGCUUCGUGUUUGGCUACAAGAUCUGGAAGCUCAGUACUUACCGAGUAACUCACUGUACCUUCCUGUAGGCAAUUCAUACCACCGGCUCAAGCGCAUUCAUGUCGAUGAAAGCUUUACGUUUUCAACGAGGGAGCGUGUGCCGUUUCUUUUGUGUGCCGAGGUCGUGGACUACCCAUGCUCGCAACAAGAGCUCGUAGCUCGGGGGAAACGCCGCAGCGGCGUGUUUGCUGGCCGACGCUUCACGCUUAGUUUGUGGGAUACUGCUACCACGCAAGACUCGACGACAGUUUCCGUAUCUGCAGGACGUACACCAUUGAUGUCCCCGGAUGCUGCUAAACUGGGAUUUUGGAGCGAAUCGCGCACGCCUAGCAGCCCAACUAGGCUGCGAUCGUUUUCGCACCACAUUUCGAACAGAAUGGCGCAACCGACUGAACUCCUGCAUGGACUGUUUGACUCACUUGUCGGCAAGAAUUCUGGUGGGAAGAAUGAUGAUUCAAAGACUGAGGCUUUGUUGAGCAAGACUGAAGGUGAUGAGUAUGACGAGGACACACCAAAUCGUUUUCGUGAUUUGCCGGAGAGAAGCCAAAGCCAGCCAUUUUACAAAAGCUCGUAUGUGUCCUCAAAGCAAAAUCUAAGUGUUGACACGAGUACACAGGGACUUCGGCCAGUGCACUCGGCCCAGACGCUACCUCCAUAUAUCGCGCCUGUUGCUGCAGACGUUGAUGAUAUUGAUGCUGUAAGCAGUGUCAGCGGUCCAUGGUCGCCAAAGUCAGAAAGCUCGGCAUGUUCGCCACACCAUCUCGCGCGGUUCGACAGUACAGAUCGAUUGUUGCAGGACCUAUCGGAGCGUGACUCAAAACUUGAGGAAGAUGAGAAAGCUGAGAGCAGUGACCCGUCCUCUAAAGCACGUCACCACGUUACAUCAGGUGAUCCACCCUGUGUCAUAUUUAAGGAGCGUUGGGCGGAAAAGGAACGCCGUAUUCAAGCAACAUCGCCGUAUGGAAAGCUUCCUGGCUGGCGGUUGCUGCCUGUGAUUGUUAAAAGCGACGAUGAUCUUCGCCAAGAACAGCUGGCCUUACAGCUUAUUCAUCAGUUUGCAAAAACAUUUGCCGAAUUCAAGGUACCUGUCUUCAUCCGGCCGUACGAUGUGAUCGCGAUUUCAGCUACUUCGGGUCUUGUAGAGGCAAUUUCUGACACUAUCUCGAUUGACUCACUGAAACGCAAUGACCGCGAAUUUACGACACUGUUGGACUUUUUUACGAGACAUUUCGGCGACCCAAGUACGCCUGAGUUUCAUCGAGCCCGAUCUGACUUCGUUAGCAGCAUGGCUGGUUACGCGAUCGUGUGUUACCUACUUCAGAUCAAAGACCGCCACAAUGGCAACAUUCUGGUGGACGCUGAGGGCCACAUCAUUCAUAUUGAUUUUGGCUUUUUCCUGGCAAACAAUCCGGGAAAUAUGGCCUUCGAGCAGGCACCUUUUAAACUCACGGCCGAUUUUGUAGAGCUCAUGGGUGGUCCACGUUCUGCCCACUUUCGUCGGUUUCGGUCUCUUUGCGUGCGAUCGUUUCUUGUUGCACGGAAGUACCGCCACCGGUUUGUAUUGCUCGUGGAGAUGAUGCUGCAUGGCAACGAGCACCUUCCCUGUUUUGCCGGGGAUCCGAAGGGCACAGUCGAGCGUCUCGCCGCUCGUUUCCAGCCAGACUUGGAUAUUAAUUCUUGCGAGGACUUUGUGCACGAGCUCAUUGAUGCUUCGCUGGACAACUGGCGUACUCGGUGGUAUGACAAAUACCAGCGCUGGAUUGUCGGUGUCUUUUAA